ACGAAUACUCGACCCUCUGCCAGCUUGUGGAACCCCUCACCAUUGGGAAAACGGGAGAAAGCUGUCAAAGACAUGGAACAUGUCUUAAUGGUGUGUGCCACAGAGUUGGCAGAAAAUGGAAAUGUCAGUGCCAUACAGGUUUCCAGAAUGUCAAUGGAUCAUGUAUAGACAUUGAUGAAUGUCUAAACAAUGUAUGCAGACGUGGUGAAUGUACCAACACUGAUGGAAGUUUCAUUUGCACCUGCCCAGAUGGGUUUGUUUUGAACAAAGAUGGACGAACUUGUACAGAUAUGAACGAAUGUGAAAAGGAAAAUAUGUGUCCAAAUGGUGUUUGCCAAAAUAUGAACGGUUCCUACAAGUGUCGAUGUAACCCAGGCUUUCGUCAGUCACCAAAUCAACAAGUCUGUUAUGAUAUCAAUGAAUGUGUAAACAAUGGCAAACUCUGCUUAAACGGAGACUGCCACAAUACUCCUGGUAGUUAUUACUGUGAGUGUAAAAGAGGUUUCAGUCUUUCACCCGAUGGAGCAUUUUGUGUUGACUACAAUGAAUGCUUGGUGAAAGGAAUGUGUACCAAUGGAAGAUGUGUAAACAUGGAUGGCAGUCACAAGUGUAUUUGUAUGCUGGGUUAUACUUUGUCAGCUGGUGGACAAGUGUGUAUAGAUGUCAAUGAGUGCGUAAACAACCCCAAUCUCUGCACCAACGGAGAAUGCAUUAACACGCAAGGAAGUUACAAAUGUGAAUGCUACAGGGGUUACAUCCUCCAACCCGAUGGCAAAACCUGCAGAGAUACCAGACGAGGACUCUGCUACACCCAAGUGCAUCGUGGUCAGUGUAGUAACCCAUCUUACAGUCCGAUGACCAAAUCAACAUGCUGUUGUACAGAGGAUAAUGCCAAUAACGGUUGGGGAACCCCCUGUGAGAUUUGUCCCAAACCUAAUGAUAGAGAUUACAAGACAAUCUGUCCUCAUGGACCUGGGAAAGAUGGAAAUGGCGGAGGUAUUAAUGAAUGUGCCAUGUACCCUGAUGCCUGUCAGAAUGGUGCUUGCGAAGAUUUAGAUAUGGGAUAUCGAUGUAUCUGUGAUCCCGGCUACAAGAUGGACGAUACUGGCAGAGCCUGCGUAGACAUUAACGAAUGUGCCGAAAACAAGUAUAUCUGCGACGGUGGCAAAUGUCGUAACUCACCUGGAAGCUACACCUGUAUGUGUCCCACGGGAUUUGUACAGAGCAAAACUACAAAGAUGUGUGAAGAUAUCAACGAAUGCGAGUCGUUCGACACACUUUGUGUUGGCGGCAACUGUGUAAAUUUGGCAGGAAGUUUCCGUUGUGAAUGUACAGUUCCUGGAACGGUCUUGGACUCAAGUGCUCGAGUUUGCAUAGACAACAGGAGAGGUACUUGCUGGAAGAAAAUUCAUAAUGAUCUUUGUGAAGACAAUAUCAAAGGAGACACACUUCGCUCUGAAUGCUGUGGUACUUUGGGUAAAGCGUGGGGUAGUCCUUGUGAACGCUGCCCUUCUCAAUCUUCAAGAAACUGUCCAAAAGGUUAUGCAAUCAUAUCUGGGGUCAAAUGCACAGAUAUCAACGAAUGCGAUGUCCUUCCUGGCAUUUGUCAGAAUGGCUACUGUAUUAACACCGAUGGUUCGUACAAAUGUAAUUGCCCCGAGGGACUGUCCAUCGACCAGUCUGGUCACCGAUGCGUUGAUUACCGAAAGUCCAGUUGCUACCUGGAAUACAACCAUGGACGUUGUAGUGGAGAGUUAUUCGGUCAAUUCCACCAAGCCAUUUGCUGUUGUUCAGUUGGUACAGCCUGGGGGUCACCCUGUAAUUCUUGCCCACAGCCUGAUUCUGAUGAGUACAAGCGUCUUUGUGAACGGAGAGGAUAUGCUCCAAAUUUCAAAGAACAAAAAUUGAACUUUUUCAAAGAUAUUAACGAAUGUCUGGAGAUUCCUGAUAUCUGUAGCAACGGUGUUUGCCACAAUACCCCGGGUGGUUUCAACUGUGAUUGCAAACAAGGUUUCGCCAUUGAUGGGAGAGGAUUUAACUGCACAGACAUUGAUGAAUGCCGUAUCUCUUUUGGAGUUUGUGCAAAUGGUACCUGUGUCAACACACCUGGAGCUUUUACCUGUGACUGUAACGAAGGUUAUGAAGGAGUCAUGAUGAAUCAGAUGUGCAUAG